GUAAUAUCCUGAGACAAGGCAGUAAAGAGAUCAUGUCCUCAUGGGAGAUUCCAGCACGAAGAGUUUCUACUUAAAAAUAAGGGGUUUGCCCAUUUAAGACAAGGAAUGAGGCAACGUCAAUGAAAUGCGCGCGAUUGUCAUUCGGCCGCGCCGUUCCAUGUGAAGAUGGCCUGGUGCAGUCUUUGCUGUUUGAUAGCAUGUAUCUGAUAAGUUCUUUCGCAAGCUGCUCCCGGCACCCAUUACUCCGAGCAGGAAACUUCUGCACGACCUGGAGACUGCGCAGCACUUGAUGAACAGUAAACCGCGGGUGAACAGUUCAUUAACGUGCCAACCAUGCAGCAGGAAAGGCUGAAGUGCAAGAACCUCCACGAGUACCUGAGGAGUCUCAGCCCGGCCAUCCUCGACAAGCUGUACAAUCACCCGGCCACCUGCCUGGCCGUCUUCAGGGAACUGCCGAUGCUGGCUCGGAACUACGUGAUGCGACUGCUGUUCCUGGAUCAGCCCUUGCCCCAGGCUGGCAUCACCUUCUGGGUAAAGAAGGACAGCCAACGAGCCCACGACGACUGCGUGAGCAUCCUGAUGGGACUACGACUCUGGCAUUCCCAGCAGCUUCCCGGUGGGCUCCAGGGCCUGAUCCUUAAUCCAAUCUUCAAAGAGAACCUGCGUAUUGUAGUGCUCGGCGGGGGCAAAGCGUGGGCAGAUGACACAAGCCAACUGGGACCAGACAAGCAUGCUCGAGACAUCCCCUCCCUGGACAAGUACGCUAUGGAACGGUGGGAGGUCAUUCUGCACUUCAUGGUGGGCUCUCCCAGCGCAGCGGUCAGUCAGGACCUGGCUCAGCUCCUCAUUCAGGCCGGACUCAUGAAGGGUGAAGGGACGGAGGCUCCGUGCAUCACGUCCGCAGGGUUCCAGUUCCUGCUGCUUGAUACCUCGUCCCAGCUCUGGUACUUCAUGUUACAGUACCUCCAAACAGCCGAGUCCAGAAAUAUGGACCUGGUUGAGAUCCUGUCCUUUGUGUUCCAGCUCAGUUUCUCCACGCUGGGGAAGGAUUACUCCGUGGAAGGGAUGAGCGAAUCCCUGCUGACCUUCCUGCAGCAUCUGCGGGAAUUUGGGCUUGUCUUCCAGAGAAAGCGUAAAUCCCGGAGGUUUUAUCCCACACGGCUGGCCAUUAACCUGGCAUUGGGCGUGUCGGGCAGCGCGAUUGACGCGCAUCGCCAGGGCUACAUCGUGGUGGAGACCAACUACAGGAUCUACGCCUACACUGACUCUGAGCUCCAGUUGGCCCUCAUUGCACUCUUCUCCGAGAUGCUUUACCGAUUCCCCAACCUGGUGGUGGCCCAGCUUACCCGAGAGAGCGUGCAGCAGUCCAUCACCAACGGCAUCACCGCUGAGCAGAUUAUCCACUUCCUGCGGACGCGAGCCCACCCCAUCAUGCUGAAAGAGAACCCAGUGCUUCCUCCGACGAUCACUGACCAGAUCCGACUGUGGGAGAUGGAGAGAGACCGUCUGCGGUUCACAGAAGGUGUGCUGUACAACCAGUUCCUCUCCCAGGUGGACUUCGAGCUGCUCCGGAACUACUCCCGGGACCUGGGCGUGCUGGUGUGGGAGAACCCCAGCAAGCGGCUGAUGGUGGUGACGCCCGAGGGCCACCCCAACGUGAAGCGCUUCUGGAAGAGGCAGAAGCACAACUGAGGGGUGACCUCCCCACUCCCCCCAGUGUGGGCGCUUGGCUUGAUUGGGGGCCAGAGGCUGCAGUUACCAACAACCCCCCAAUCAAGGUCCACCCAGAACGGAUGACCGAGCAACCGGAAUCCCCAGGACAGGUGAGAGAACCGCACCACGGGACCCUCAGGAGACAGAAAGGACUGACCCCACCCCCAGCAACCACUGCGCUGUUUCUGUGUCUGUUUUGCAUUUUCCUAAUAAAACAUUAAAGAGGAGAGGUCUGUAA